AUGUCUGCAACGUCUGCUGCAGCGGCGCCUGCUGCUGCAGCAGCGCCUGCAGCAGCAGCGCCUGCUGCAGCAGCAGACUGGCUUGCUGCUGACGCAGCAGCAGAGCAGCAGCGGGAGCAGCAGCAGCAAAAGAAGAAGCGAAAAGAACUGCAGCAGCUCAGAGACAAAGAGGAGCAGCUGCAGCUGUGCGUUGUGCUGCAGCUGCAGCGGCUGCAGCACCCCCGCAUGAUGUCUCUUGCUGCUGCUUCGCUGCUGCUGCUGCAGCAGCAGCAGCAACUUGUUGCAGACACUCUUUUGCUGCUGCGCAGAAGUCUCCAGGAGAUCCUCAGCAGCAGCAGCAGACUUUUCGUGGGCACUAAGCGCGCCUGCGAAGAGCGCAUGAAUUACCUGCAGCAGCAGCAGCAGCAGCAGCAGCAGCAGCAGCGGCAGCAGCAGCAGCAGCAGCAGCAGGAAGACGAGGAGAUUGACUGGGAUAAAGUCGAAAUUAGAAACGAAGACACCUUGUGCUGGCCGAAGAAAAUACAGCAGCAGCAGCAGCAGCAGCGGCAGCAGCAGCAGCAGCAGCAGCAGCAGGAAGAAGACGAAGAGCUGUUUGUUAUGCUUCAGUCACCCCCUUCCCAUGAGCUAGCAUUAGGAAGCAAGGGCUUACAGCGCCUAAUUUGCAGCUUCCUGGAGCCUCCGGACAUUUUGAGGUUCUCUCGUGUCUGCCGGGCUACUCUAGAGCUGCAGGCGGCGACAGAUGAAGAGAUUUGGAGCGUUUUGCUGCGCCGGCAUUUUCCAAAGGCAACUCUUGUGAACCCAGACGAGCAGCUGCAGCAGCAGCAGCAGCAGCAGCAAAGAGCAGCAGUUAGAGAUAAGGGGUUCUUUCAAUCCUUACCAAACGCCGAAGCGGGGCACAGCAGAGUGGCAGCAGCUGCUGCAGCAAAUGAGCAGCAGCAGCAGCAGCAGCAGCAAGAGCAGCAGCAGGACAGCUGCAAGCGGCUGGACGCGGAAACUUGGUGCAGCGGCCUCAGCAGCAGCAGCAGCAGCAGCAGCAGCACGUCGAGCAGCAGCAGCAGCAAGGCGGGCCGUUUGAGCUCGAGCCAGGCCUUCCGGCUGUGGCAGACAGGGCUGCUGCAGCCGGAGCAGCAGCAAGAUGCCCCGUGGCUGUACAGCAGCAGCAGCAGCAGCAGCUUUUACAGCAGCAGCACUUUGCCAGUGGGGGACUUGCUGCAGCUGGCUGCAGCAAGGGUUUCGGGUGUACGUACAGCUGACCCCCUAGCAGCACACCAAGCAGCUCUCAGGGCCCUUUUUGCUGCUGCAUUUAAAAUAAAAGGAGACAUUUGCUGCAGCAAAAGAGUCUCCAUUAUUCUCCAGGCGCUGCAGCAGCAGCAGCUGCUCAUCGACAGGGAAGUCCGCAAACAGGCAAGCCACAAACCCUAA